GCCGCUGUCCGUGGUGCUGACGGGACCGACGAUGCUGUGCGUGCGUGCGUGCAGCCGCUUCUGCGCAUGUUGCAUGACAGGUACACGCAAGCCUCCAUCUUGGCCAUCCCGAGCUGAGGCGAAAGGGCAUCAGGAGAUCCACGGAGGUUCCAAAAUCACAUCAAAUUGGGUAGAAGGGGUAAAAAAAAAAAUAAAAAAAUUGGCAAUUUGCCGAGAUGUAACUUUAAAAAAAGUGAGGGGGGAAAGCAGCUGAGCUUCAGAUCAGAGGAGCAGGAUGGAGAACGGCGGCUGGUAACGACUCGUCGUCUCCCACCGUGUCUGAUUCACGCACGGCAGUGAUAGGUGACGAAGCCACACGGAUCGACACACACCAGGAUGGGAACCAUGAAGUUUGCAGUCUUCCUGCUUGUCCUGUUUCUGUGUCUAGAUGGAGGAUCUGCCAAAGAAAAAGCAGCGAGGAAGGGAAAAAAGAAAGGGAAGCAGGUUUAUUGUCCUUCACAGCUGUCAUCUGAGGAUCUGGCCCGUGUCCCAGCAAACUCAACCAGUAACAUCUUGAACAGGUUACUGAUCAGCUAUGAUCCCAGAAUAAGACCCAACUUCAAAGGAAUUCCUGUUGAAGACAGAGUGAACAUUUUCAUCAACAGUUUUGGCUCCAUCCAGGAAACUACUAUGGAUUACAGAGUCAACAUUUUCCUGCGGCAGCGCUGGAAUGACCCCCGGCUGAAAUUGCCACAGGAUUUCAAAUCUGACGCUCUUACGGUCGACCCCAAGAUGUUCAAGUGUCUCUGGAAACCCGACCUGUUCUUUGCCAAUGAGAAGAGCGCCAACUUUCAUGAUGUGACCCAGGAGAAUAUUCUCCUCUUCAUCUUCCGUAAUGGAGACGUCCUCAUCAGCAUGAGGUUGUCGAUCACCCUUUCUUGUCCACUGGAUCUGACGUUGUUCCCGAUGGAUACACAAAGGUGCAAAAUGCAACUGGAGAGCUUUGGGUACACAACAGAUGAUUUGCAGUUCAUGUGGCAGACAGGAGACCCCGUGCAAAUGGAAGCUAUCGCUUUGCCACAGUUUGACAUCAGACAGGAAGAUAUUGAUUAUGGCAACUGCACCAAAUACUACGCAGGAACAGGUUACUACACCUGUGUUGAAGUGAUCUUCACCCUCAGGCGACAGGUUGGCUUCUACAUGAUGGGUGUUUAUGCUCCCACUCUGCUGAUUGUCGUCCUGUCCUGGCUUUCCUUUUGGAUCAAUCCUGAUGCCAGUGCUGCCAGGGUUCCUUUAGGCAUCCUCUCGGUGCUUUCUCUGUCCUCUGAGUGCACAUCGUUGGCUUCGGAGCUGCCCAAAGUGUCCUACGUCAAGGCCAUCGACAUCUGGCUCAUUGCUUGCCUGCUGUUUGGUUUUGCGUCAUUGGUGGAGUACGCCGUGGUUCAGGUGAUGCUCAACAGCCCGAAGUGCAUCGAGGCAGAGAAGACCAAGAUGGCUUCCAAGGAGAAAGCGGUGGGGAAAUCUCCUGCUACACGGAACAACACGGUCAAUGGGACUGGAGGGACGCCGCUUCAUGUCAGCACCUUACAUGUCGCUGAGACGCGCUGUAAAAAGGUGUGCACCUCCAAGUCGGACCUGCGGACCAACGAUUUCAGCAUCGUGGGCUCGCUCCCACGGGACUUUGAGCUGUCGAACUUCGACUGCUAUGGAAAGCCCAUCGAUACAGGCUGUGGUCUUGGCAAAUCCCAGGCCAAGAACAACAAGAAACCGCCUCCUCCCAAACCGGUCAUCCCCUCAGCUGCAAAAAGAAUCGACCUGUACUCCCGAGCCCUCUUUCCUUUCUCCUUCCUCUUUUUCAAUGUGAUUUACUGGUCCAUAUACUUGUGAUUAUCUUCACAUGAUCUCUUAUCAUGAACCCUGCCCUCCCCUCACAUAAAGUAUUGAUUAAUCACAGUAACGUUCAAGAUGUUCCGUACAAAAUAAUUGCUAUGAUAAAAGCAGAAAUACUGUGUAUUAUUGUUAUUAUUAUUAUUGUUAUUAUUAUUGUAUUUAUCUUUUCAAAUACCUAACAAUCAUUUGUGUUGUCCAAGUGUGAAAAAAUUACUAUAACUUUACUUACUUAAAAUGAAUAUACAGUAUCUUGCACUGAAAUGAUUUAUUUAUUGAUAAUGGUACUUGAGAGGCCGACACCGGAUUAAAUUA